AUGCGCUCCCGUGCAUGUCAUCUCCUGCUACUCGGUUGUGCAGGCAUCCUGUGGCAGGUGGCGCGGUGUGCGGACGACACAGAGAACAGCCCCGAGCCAACGCGGAAGACAGGGCCGGGGCUUGGCACCGCCCAGCUCCUGGCCCAGGAGGGGCCCACCCCCGUGGACGAGAACUGGGUGAUCAGUAAUGCCACCGUGGGAUCCAUCCUGAAACAGAGGGCCACUCCGAGGCGGGAGGUGCUGUUUACCACCAUCCGGCUCCCCGCCACCAAGUACGCCGCUGAGCUGGAGAUGGUGAUGAACUUCUGCCACUUUGUGCAAGAAGCGGGCGCACUCAGUCACCUGAUGAUUCUCACCACCGACAACAUGACUUGGACGCGACUCCAUGACCGGGGCCUGCCCGUGUAUUUAGACAAGGCCUUCCCAGAGAGGCCAGAGUAUGCCUAUGGCGGCGGUAAGGCACAUGACUCCCCAAACCGCGUGUUUGAUGUCCAAAAGCAUUGGUGGGGCUGGAAGAUCCUGGAGCAGGACUACCUGGCUGCCUACAUGGACGCGGAUGCGAUUCCUCUGCAGGAUCCUUUCCUUCCUUUUCAGAACACCACCUACGAUGUUCAGGGCCUGUCAGACUGGGACGAGGUGACACCCCAGGACCCAGCAGUGUCGCUCUCGGGGGGCUGCAAGCUGUACUACUGGAUCGAGGACCCAGCCGCCCCCACUGGCACCAUCCUGCGGGAGUACUGGAACUUCCCGGACCCAGUGGUGAAGACACACGCGCACAACCCCUGCCAGAGCACCGGGGUCUGGUACCUGCGCCCCACCCCUCCGGCCAAGGCCUUCAUGCUGGCGAUGACGCAGCGCCUCUCCGCGCCGGCCACCCGCCAUCAGUGGGACCAGACGGCCUGGAAUGAGGUCAUCCUGCCCUUCCUGUGGGGCAACGGGGAGGUGGAACCCCUGGCCUACCGCCUGCUGCCCCACGCCCACUACGCCAACGUGGGGGUGGUGGACAAGCGCCGCGCAGCGGGUCUGCCCGUGGACCUGGUCGUCCUGCACAGCGGCUACCUCCACGGCAAAGAGAAGGCAAGGAAAGACCUGGCGCACGGCGCAGCGGCGCUGGGCCUGCUGACCGUGCUGGGCGUGGUGGUCACGCUGGCCUUCACGCGGCGCCGACGCAGCGCUGCGCUGCGCUCCUCGCUGCUGCCCACCAAGACCGGGUACGGCGCCCCGACGCCGAGCAACUUGGGCAGCCCCUCUCGCUCCAACCACAUCAACAGGUCGCCGCACAUCGCGGCGUACUGA